AUGGUGAAAAAAAGUAGGGGACGACAAAAGGUUGAGAUGGUGAAGAUGAACAAUGAAAGCAAUCUCCACGUCACUUUCUCCAAACGUCGAGCCGGACUUUUUAAGAAAGCGAGUGAAUUAUGCACUUUAUGUGGGGUUAAUAUUGCUAUUAUUGUCUUCUCACCCGGUCGAAAGGUCUUCUCUUUUGGUCAUCCUUCUGUCGAGACUAUGGUGGAACGUUUCAUUAAUGGUAAUCCACCACAAGUCACUUCUGGAACUAUGAAAUUCAUUGAGGCUCAUCGGAAUGCUAGUGUUCGUGAGCUUAACAUGCAGCUCACUCAGGUUCUUAACCAACUUGAAAUCGAGAAGAAUCGAAGUGAGGAGCUCAACCAGAUGAAAAGGGUAAAUGAGAACCAAUGUUGGUGGAUGGCUCCCAAGGAGGAUAUGAGCUUGGCACAACUUCAACAAGUGAAGGCCUCUUUUGAUGAGCUCAAGAAGAAUGUGGCUAAGCAUGUUGAGAAGAUUGUGAUUCAUUCCUCAAAUAAUCAUCCUCAUCUUCCUCUUCCUUGUCCUCAUCAUCAUCAUCCUCAUCAUCCUUUUUUUCUGGGAAGUUCUUCUAGUGGAGUAGGUCUUCCAUUUGAGACAAGACCCAUUGGAUUCAAUACUAGUGUUGUUCCAUUCAAUAAUCCAAACAUGAUGCCUACAGGGAAUCAAGGAUUUGGCCAAGGAUUCUUCUAA